CUUUUCCUCCUCUCACCACACCCCUUCUUCUCAAUAAUCUCAUCUCGAGCGCGACAGCAGCAUCACAGUCGACGCGCUCUUUCAGACGCUCAUCUUCAUUUGAGACCACUCCUUUCAACAACCUCGACUGUCACUACCAACCGACCUUGCGACAUGUCUUACGGCGGCGGUUACGGUGGCUCGCGCGGCGGCGGCGGUGGUGGAGGCUACGGCGGCGGCGGAGGAUACUCCAACGGAGGCGGUGGCGGUGGCUAUGGUGGCGGCGGUGGCUACUCAAACGGCGGCUCAAAUGGCUACGGCGGAGGUGGAUAUGGCGGCGGCGGAGGUGGCGGCGGUGACCGUAUGAACAACUUAGGCGCUGGACUUCGCACCCAGACUUGGGACCUCAGCACCAUGCCCAAGUUUGAGAAGUCGUUCUACAAGGAGCACCCAGACGUCGCAGCCCGAUCGCAAGCCGAAGUCGACGAGUUCCGCCGUAAGCACGUAAUCACCAUCCAAGGUCGAGACGUCCCGAAGCCGGUUCACACCUUCGACGAGGCCGGAUUCCCCAACUACGUGAUAAGCGAAGUCAAGGCGCAAGGCUUCGCCGCACCUACAGCCAUUCAGUCGCAAGGCUGGCCGAUGGCCCUUUCUGGUCGUGAUGUGGUCGGUAUUGCCGAGACCGGAUCAGGAAAGACUCUCACCUACACAUUGCCUGCUAUUGUGCACAUCAACGCGCAGCCACUGCUCGCUCAGGGCGAUGGUCCAAUCGUUCUCAUCUUGGCUCCUACCCGCGAGUUGGCUGUCCAGAUUCAAGAGGAGGUUAGCAAAUUCGGAAAGUCCUCGCGCAUCCGCAACACUUGUGUCUACGGAGGUGUGCCCAAGGGUGGUCAGAUUCGCGACCUUGCCCGAGGUGUCGAAGUCUGCAUCGCAACUCCUGGUCGCCUGAUCGAUAUGCUCGAGGCUGGCAAGACCAAUCUGCGACGCGUCACUUACCUUGUUCUUGAUGAGGCUGAUCGCAUGUUGGACAUGGGUUUCGAGCCGCAAAUCCGCAAGAUCAUUGGUCAGAUUCGACCAGAUCGUCAAACUUGCAUGUGGUCCGCUACCUGGCCAAAGGAGAUUCGCCAAAUGGCCAACGACUUCCAGCAGAACUUCAUCCAAGUCAACGUCGGCUCACACGACCUGCACGCCAACGCCCGCAUUACCCAGAUUGUCGAAGUCGUGUCUGACUUCGAGAAGCGUGACAAGAUGCUUCGACAUCUUGAGAAGAUUAUGGAAGAUAAGGGCAACAAGAUCCUUAUCUUCACCAGCACGAAGCGUGUCGCUGAUGACAUUACCCGAUUCCUCCGCCAGGACGGUUGGCCCGCACUCUCCAUUCACGGUGACAAGCAGCAGAACGAGCGUGAUUGGGUGCUCAACGAAUUCAAGACGGGCAAGAGCCCAAUCAUGGUGGCCACCGACGUGGCUUCUCGUGGUAUCGACGUGAAGGACAUCACUCAUGUGUUCAACUACGAUUACCCGAAUAACUCGGAGGACUACGUUCACCGUAUCGGUCGUACUGGCCGUGCCGGUCGUAUGGGUACUGCUAUUACCCUCUUCACCACAGAUAACUCCAAGCAGGCUCGUGACCUUGUGGGCAUCCUCCGUGAGGCCAAGCAGCAGAUCGAUCCUCGUCUCGAGGAGAUGGUUCGCUACGGCGGUGGAGGCGGCGGUGGCGGCUGGCGCGGCGGCCGCGGUGGAGGUCGCGGUCGUGGCGGCGGUGGAGGCUGGACUGGCUCGAACAACGCUCCUGUGGGUGGCAACCGUCGCUGGUAGCCGCUUUCAUGGUUACGUCUUCUUGCUUCAUUGGCUGCAUUCUGGCAUGGCGUUUAUGAGUAGAAAAGACCAGAGGGAUGGUUUCUUGACUUCGGCACGGAAGAUACCGCUACUGACAGUGUGCGUUCUGCGGCGUUUUGAGGAGGCAAAUUGGUCUGCACUUCAUGCAUAGGCUCUGGCAAGAGCCAGUAAAGCUGCGACCGCAGCAGAUAGAUUGAAUGACUAGGUGCGAAGAAAAAUUUGCAUGCGACUGUGAUAC